AUGCCCUCGUCUUCCUUCACUUCGAGCGAAAAGUCGCUCAUAAAGUCCGUGCUGACCUCGUCGUCGUGCAAGAUUAUCACGGCGACGCUCGCACGGAUCUACGUUACGUACCCAACGCCCGACCGUUGGUACUACACAGGAAUCGAAGGCGCACUGGCGUUCGUGCGCGAUGCCGACGGCAACUUUGGGUUCCGUGUCGUGGACCUCAAGGACAAUGGCAAGGUUAUUUGGGACCACGAGCUGUAUGACGACUUUUACUUUUACCAGGACAAGCCCUACUUUCACACUUUUGCAGGCGACGAAUGCAUGAUCGGAUUGUGCUACGCGGACGAGGCGGGCGCAGCGCAGCUGUACAAGAAACUCAACAACCGCGCAAAAUACGCGAAAUCAUCCUCGAGCUCGUCCGGAUUUGGCUUCGCGAAAAAGCUCACCAGCAAGCUCGACUGGUCCAAGAGCUCCAGCUCGGAAGAAAAGCGCGCUGCAAAGACCAGCACACCGACACAGCCGGUCCCCGAUGAGCCCCAGUGGAACGGGCUCGUGGAUCAGCUCGGAAGCAUGGGCGUCUCGCAAUCCGAUAUCCAAAACAACGAGGGAUUCAUCCGCGACUUUUUGGGACAGCGUGCCAACGGCGACGCACCGGGGCUCGCGCCGCCAGUGACAGAAACCUUUCCGACGCUGCGCAACCUUCCUCCGCCGGUGCCGUCCGUGCAUGCAACGCCCCCGCCGCCUUCACCGGCGCCCAGUGCUCCGCCGAUUCCCCAGCGCAACGUCUCGGACAGCGUGCCACCGCCCCCGGGACCACGGCCGCCGCGCAGCGUUCCUGCGCCCCCGCCGCGGUCGGGGGCAGGCGGAGGUGCGCCUCCGCCGGUGCCGCCUCCGCCGAGUACGCGCGCGGCCAAGGGAGGACCGCCGCCGGUCCCGUCGCGCUCGACGGCUGGACGUGCACCGCCGCCGGUUCCUCCGCCUCCCGUACGGGGCGGCGCGCCGCCGCCGCCUCCGCCUCCGCCGUCGGUGGGUGGGGAAGGACGCAAUGCGCUGCUCGCCAGCAUCCAGGGCAAGAGUGUCAGGGACCUCAAAAAGACCGAGACACACGAUACGUCUUCCCCCAAGAUCGGCAGCGGCUCGUCGAGUGCCGCGGCGGCUGCGCCGGCAGCGGGCGGCAACGACUUGGCCAGUGCGCUGGCCAGUGCGUUGAACCAACGCAAAGACAACAUGGGUGGCUCGGACGACGAAGAAAGCGACGAGGAUUGGUAG